CAAUUGCCAGCCCCCUCAUAGAGAUUACCUGAACGCGCUCUACUCAUCUCUCUCUCUCUCUCUCAUCGCCCUCUCUCUCUUUCCACUAGUCAGUUCGCCACUCCGUCUCUCAGUAGACACUGGUCAGCGAACUCCUCUUCCGCCAACAUGUCCCUCACAACACGCUGGAUCGGCUCCUCCCGCUCGGCAGUCGCCGCUGUCGUCAGGCGGCCACGAGUCGCCACGCUCGUUCCCGUCGUCUCUCGCGUCCGCACCUUUGCCUCUGAGGCAGAGGAGCCAUUCGACCUCAACUCGAUCGAGCGCGACUCUGACGAGGUUGACGUCUGCAUCGUUGGUGGUGGCCCCGCAGGUCUUUCCGCUGCUAUUCGUCUCAAGCAGCUUGACAAAGACGACCAGCUCCGCGUUGUCGUUCUCGAGAAGGGCUCCGAGCCUGGAAACCACAUUCUGUCCGGUGCCGUUCUCGAGCCUAGGGCACUCAACGAGCUCAUCCCCGACUGGGAGGAGAAGGGUGCGCCGCUCAACCAGCCCGCUCUCAAAGACUCGAUGAAGUUCCUCAUCAACGGCAACCUUUCCGCACCCAUGCCUCACCCCCCUCAGAUGAGCAACCACGGAAACUACAUCAUCUCCCUCUCCCGAUUCACGUCGUGGCUCGCUGAGCAGGCCGAGGAGCUCGGUGUCGAAGUGUACCCCGGUUUCGCGGGAGCAAACCCCGUUUACACCGAGGACGGCAAGGGCGUCAAGGGUGUGUGCACGGGCGACGUUGGUCUCGACAAGAACUACCAGCCCAAGGACUCGUUCGAGCCCGGUAUGGAGUUCCACGCCAAGGUCACUCUUAUUGCCGAGGGUGCCCACGGCUCCCUCUCCAAGAUGCUGCAGAACAAGUUCAACCUGCGCGAGGGUGUCGACCCCCAGACUUACGGUCUCGGCAUCAAGGAGGUGUGGAAGGUGCGCGACGAGGUCCACGAGCCCGGAAAGAUCAUCCACACUCUCGGCUGGCCUCUUGACAUGCACACUUACGGCGGUUCGUUCCUCUACCACAUGGAGGACAACAUGGUGACCCUGGGUCUUGUCGUCGGCCUCGACUACAAGAACCCGUACAUCUCGCCCUUCCGCGAGUUCCAGCGCCUCAAGCACCACCCUGUCUUUGCCGACGUGCUCAAGGGCGGCGAGUGCAUCGCCUACGGUGCGCGUGCCCUCAACGAGGGUGGCUACCAGUCCAUUCCCAAGCUCUUCUUCCCCGGAGGAGCCCUCAUCGGCUGCUCGGCUGGCUUCCUGAAUGUGCCCAAGAUCAAGGGUACCCACAAUGCCAUGAAGUCGGGUAUGCUUGCCGCCGAGGCCGCGUACGAGCAGCUCACCAAGGGUGAGGAGUCGGAGGAGCCGGUCGACAUGUCGUCGUACGCCGAGAAGAUGGAGGAGUCGUGGGUGUACAAGGAGCUCAAGGAGGUGCGCAACCUCCGCCCAUCGUUCCACAACCCCCUGGGAUUGUGGGGCGGCAUGGCAUACUCGGGCCUCGACUCGAUGUUCCUCAAGGGCCGCGUGCCCUGGACCUUCCACCACCCCGAGGAGGACUGGGCCGCGACCAAGCCCGCCGCCAACUUCUCGCCCAUCGAGUACCCGAAGCCUGACGGUGAGCUGUCUUUCGACAUUCUUACCUCGGUCGCCCGCACGGGUACCAACCACGCCGAGGGCCAGCCAGUGCACCUGCGUCUCCCGAGCGACAAGGACGCUCGCAAGCGCCACACUGAGAUCAACGUGACCGAGUACGACGGCCUUCUCGGCCGCGUCUGCCCCGCUGCCGUGUACGAGUACCAGGACGCUGAGGGUGCCGAGGUCGACGCCGUGGGCAAGAAGUUUGUCAUCAACUCGCAGAACUGCAUUCACUGCAAGACCUGCUCCAUCAAGGUCCCGACUCAGGACAUCACCUGGACCGUCCCCGAGGGUGGCGGUGGCCCCAAGUACACCAUCACCUAAGCACCAUACAACCCGGCCCCAAAACGCACCUAACUUGCAUGUAUUAAGAGUAUUCAGAUCCACGCGCUCUCUCUCGGUUGCAUUAGAGUUUCUUCUCUUCUGAAGGCCCGUGCUGCGACAGCAGGUGACAGGCAUGAC